AUGGCGGAAGAUAAGAAGACACUGCUAGAUGCCUCUGGCGCUGACAACGCUGCUGAAGAUGCCACCGCAACGGCUAUCUUGAGAAGAAAGAAGAAAGAGAACGCUCUCCUCGUUGACGAUGCGGUGAAUGACGAUAACUCUGUCAUUGCCAUGACAUCCAACACUAUGGAACGCCUCCAGCUGUUUAGAGGAGACACUGUUCUCGUCAAGGGAAAGAAGCGUAAAGACACCGUGCUUAUUGUCAUGGUGGACGAUGACAUUGACGAUGGUGCUGUUAGAAUCAACAGAGUUGUACGUAACAACUUGCGUGUUAGAUUGGGUGAUAUUGUUACGGUUCAUCCAUGUCCAGAUAUCAAGUAUGCGUCAAGAAUCUCCGUUCUCCCAAUCGCCGAUACCGUUGAGGGCUUAACAGGUUCUCUCUUUGAGGUGUACUUGAAGCCAUACUUUGUUGAGGCCUACAGACCAGUCAGAAAGGGAGACCACUUUGUCGUGAGAGGAGGUAUGAGACAAGUUGAAUUCAAAGUUGUCGAGGUUGAACCAGCUGAGUACGCCAUUGUCGCACAGGACACCAUCAUCCACUAUGAAGGUGAGCCAAUCAACAGAGAGGAUGAAGAGAACAACAUCAAUGAGGUUGGUUAUGACGACAUUGGUGGCUGCCGUAAGCAGAUGGCACAAAUUAGAGAACUCGUUGAGUUGCCACUCAGACACCCACAGUUGUUCAAGUCCAUCGGUAUCAAACCACCAAAGGGUAUCUUGAUGUACGGUCCUCCAGGUACUGGUAAGACGCUUAUGGCACGUGCUGUGGCCAACGAAACUGGUGCAUUCUUUUUCCUUAUCAACGGUCCAGAAGUUAUGUCCAAGAUGGCUGGUGAGUCAGAGUCGAACUUGAGAAAGGCAUUUGAAGAGGCUGAAAAGAACGCUCCAGCAAUUAUCUUCAUUGACGAGAUUGACUCCAUUGCACCAAAGAGAGACAAGACAAAUGGGGAGGUUGAGAGAAGAGUUGUUUCGCAGUUGUUGACCUUGAUGGAUGGUAUGAAGGCCAGAUCCAACGUUGUUGUUAUCGCUGCCACCAACAGACCAAACUCCAUUGACCCUGCCUUGAGAAGAUUUGGAAGAUUUGACCGUGAGGUUGACAUUGGUAUUCCAGACGCCACUGGUCGUUUGGAAGUGUUAAGAAUUCACACAAAAAACAUGAAGUUGGCUGGUGACGUUGACUUGGAGGCAAUCGCCACCGAAACACAUGGUUACGUCGGUGCCGAUAUUGCAUCGUUGUGUUCUGAGGCUGCCAUGCAACAAAUUCGUGAAAAGAUGGAUCUUAUCGAUUUGGAUGAGGAUGAAAUCGAUGCUGAAGUCUUGGACUCAUUGGGUGUUACCAUGGAGAACUUCAGAUUUGCAUUGGGUAACUCCAACCCAUCAGCCUUGCGUGAAACUGUUGUUGAAAGCGUCAAUGUCACUUGGGAUGACAUUGGUGGUUUGGAUAACAUCAAGAAUGAGUUGAAGGAGACCGUUGAGUACCCUGUGCUUCAUCCAGAUCAAUACCAAAAGUUCGGAUUGGCUCCUUCGAAGGGUGUCUUAUUCUUUGGUCCACCAGGUACCGGUAAGACCUUGCUUGCAAAGGCUGUUGCCACUGAGGUUUCUGCAAACUUCAUCUCAGUCAAGGGUCCAGAAUUAUUGAGUAUGUACUUUGGUGAAUCAGAGUCUAACAUUCGUGAUAUCUUUGACAAGGCUAGAGCUGCUGCACCAACUGUUGUCUUCCUUGAUGAGUUGGAUUCUAUUGCUAAAGCAAGAGGUAACUCCCUUGGUGAUGCCGGUGGUGCCUCUGAUCGUGUUGUGAACCAAUUGUUGACUGAGAUGGAUGGUAUGAAUGCUAAGAAGAAUGUGUUUGUUGUUGGUGCAACUAACAGACCUGAUCAAAUCGAUCCUGCUAUCUUGCGUCCAGGUCGUUUGGAUCAAUUGAUCUAUGUCCCACUUCCAGAUGAACCAGCACGUCUCUCUAUCUUGCAGGCACAGUUGAGAAAGACACCUUUAGAGCCAGGCUUGGACUUGGGUGCGAUUGCAAAGACGACACAUGGUUUCUCUGGUGCUGAUUUAUCAUACAUUGUUCAAAGAGCUGCAAAGUUCGCUAUCAAGGAUUCCAUUGAGGCUCAAAUCCGUCAAGCAAAGGAGAAAGAGGCCAAGGUAAAACAAGAAGGCGAUGAUGUUGAUAUGAAGGAGGGUGAAGAGGAAGAGGAAGAGGAUGCUGUUCCAUAUAUCACAAAGGCUCACUUUGAAGAGGCUAUGAAGACUGCUAAGCGCUCUGUCAGUGAUGCUGAAUUGCGUCGUUAUGAAGCAUACGCUCAACAGAUCCAGGCUUCAAGAGGACAAUACACAAACUUCAAGUUUGGAUCCUCAAGUGGUGACCAAACUAUUCCAGAGUCUAGUGCUGGUGGUUCGGGUAACUUCGGUGCUGGCGAAGAAGAGGAUGACCUAUACAGCUAAUCAUCGAUUCUGUGAAGAUGUUGUUUGCCCCCCAACGCCAUACAUAAUGGAAGCGAGGUACGCAACGAUAAUUCAAAUACAAUUAUAUUGGAACUCGUUCUUUACAUUACUACAUGUAGCUUCAUAGAUAUUAAGAUUGUCAUUG